UGGCAAAUAUUGCUCGAGGAACUAGAAAUUUAGCAAAGGGGGAAAGUAUGGCAACUACUUCAGCCGCAACAAAAAGUAUCCAUCAACAACUACCUUGUAGUUUUAGUUCACCAUCUUUCCAAACAAACAAAUUGUACAAAUCUUCUUCUAAAUUUUUAAUUAGUCCUACUAAUAAUAGAAGAUUAACAAGGCAUGUUGUUCUUCAAGCUCAAGCACGUCCUACGUGGCUCCCUGGCCUUGACCCUCCACCUCACCUAGAUGGAAGUUUGGCUGGAGAUUUUGGGUUCGACCCACUUGGACUGGGAGAGGAUCCAGAAGGCUUAAAGUGGUAUGUCCAGGCUGAACUGGUUCAUGCCCGCUUUGCUAUGGCCGGUGUAGCUGGUAUUCUUUUCACUGACUUGCUUCGUACUACAGGGAUCAACAAAUUGCCAGUUUGGUACGAGGCUGGUGCAACCAAAUUCGACUUUGCUAGCACAAGAACCUUGUUAUUUGUCCAACUACUCCUAAUGGGAUUUGUGGAAACUAAAAGGUAUAUGGACUUUGUUAAUCCUGGAUCACAAGCUCGAGAUGGUUCUUUCUUCGGCUUAGAAGCAUCAUUUGAGGGCCUCGAACCCGGGUAUCCGGGCGGUCCAUUUUUUAACCCUCUUGGUCUAGCCAAAGAUAUCAAGAAUGCUCAUGAUUGGAAGCUCAAAGAAAUUAAAAAUGGACGGUUGGCGAUGAUAGCUAUGCUAGGCAUAUUUGUGCAAGCUUAUGUUACACAUGUUGGUCCAAUUCAGAAUCUUGUGGAGCACCUCUCUGAUCCAUGGCAUAAAACUAUCCUCCAGACUCUCUCUUAAUUCCUGCUCUUUUUUUUCUUUUUUUUUUUUGUCGUUUGUAUCUGUGAAUAUCCAAACCAGUUCUUACUUUCAAUGUGUAACAUGAGUAAUAAUUACUCAAUUUUUUUUAUAUAUAUAUAUAUAUAUUUUUACAGUGAAUUCA